CAGAAAGCAGUUUGGCCACGCUUCCACUGUCAAAGGGAUAGGUCGGAUUGCUCCAUUCCAGGAUCGGUUAAUGCGACUUUUGGAGGCGGCUGUGGAGCAAGAUGCACUAAAACGUAGAGGGAAUGAGAGGAGCAGACAAGCCGCCGGCACCUACCAGUGAGGAGGUCAUCCUUGCAGGCCAGUAGCUGCAGUGCCAUGGCACUGAUGGUGCUGGCGGCAUUGAAUGAGAGCCAGGUGGGCUUCCUGGGAAAUGGGACUUCAGGAUGGGGAGGCAGUGGGUCCAACAGCACGGAACCAGAGCGCCGUCACCCUUACAAUUUCUACGCCAUGCUGCUGACACUGCUGAUCUUCGUGAUUGUCUUUGGCAAUGUACUUGUGUGCAUGGCUGUGUCCCGGGAAAAGGCCCUGCAGACCACCACCAACUACUUGAUUGUCAGCCUUGCUGUGGCAGACCUGCUGGUGGCCACACUGGUAAUGCCUUGGGUAGUGUACUUGGAGGUGGUGGGCGAAUGGCGUUUCAGUCUGAUCCACUGUGAUAUCUUCGUCACGCUGGACGUCAUGAUGUGCACGGCCAGUAUCCUCAACCUGUGUGCAAUCAGCAUUGACAGGUACACAGCGGUUGCCAUGCCAAUGCUGUACAACACCAGAUACAGCUCCAAGCGCAGGGUGACGGUGAUGAUCGCAGUGGUCUGGGUUCUGUCCUUCGCUAUCUCUUGCCCCCUGCUGUUUGGGCUCAAUAACACAGCUACAAGAGAUGUAACCAAGUGUAGCAUUGCUAACCCGGCCUUCGUGGUCUACUCCUCCAUCGUGUCCUUCUACGUUCCCUUCAUCAUCACGCUGCUGGUGUACGUGCAGAUCUACGUGGUGCUGCGGCGGCGCCGGAAGAGGGUGGCCACCCGCAGGAACAGCUCCGGAGCAGAGACGGAGCAGCAGCCACCCAGAAAGAACAAAUGCACCCAUCCAGAAGAUGUAAAGCUGUGCACUCUGAUCGUGAAGUCUAACAGCAGCUUUGCACCUAAUAGGAAAAAAGUGACUUUGGUGAAGGAGGCUGUGGUCCACCCUGCGGAUUCAGACCGGGUUCGAUUUCUGGCCCAGCCUGAGAGGACUCGGCCAAAGGGGCCGCCGUUGGGGUCCCAGUCAGUCUCGCCAGCCCCCUCCCGGCCCCUGCCCAGUGCUGGAGCCCUGCCAGCCCUUGCUCCCAGCCUGCAUGGCCACCCCAAACUGAAGAGGGCAUUUGAGGCGCCUCGGGUCGCUGGGGAGGACAAGGGCACCUUCAAAUCCACAGCCAAGGGACGUCUGUCACAGCAGAAGGAGAAGAAGGCCACUCAAAUGCUGGCCAUCGUAUUAGGAGUCUUCAUCAUCUGCUGGCUGCCCUUUUUCAUCACUCACAUCCUGCGGGUGCACUGCCUGCGCUGCUACAUCUCCCCCGAGCUCUACAGCAUCGUCACCUGGCUGGGCUACGUCAACAGCGCCGUCAAUCCCAUCAUCUACACCACCUUCAACGUGGAGUUCCGCAAGGCCUUCAUGAAGAUCCUGCACUGCUGAUGACCGGAGAGGUGAUCCCCCCCACGCCUAUGCUUGCCUGCUGCCAAGGCUGCCUGCUGAAUGACCCCAGGGGCAGCACGUGGAGCUGGAGACGGGCUGUUUGCCCUGUUGCGUACAGAUGUUCUCUCUUUCCACUGGCCCAGUGGUUAUUGGUCAGACUAGCUCCAGAGAGGGCCUGGAGUUUUCAAAAGCUUGGAAGUCCAAUUCACACAGAAAUUGCUCUGUCUGCUGCACAGUUUCUACAGUUAUGCUCUUGGUGGAUUAAGCUGUGAUAAAGUUAUGUGGCCUGGUGUUGCUUGAGUACAAGUCACAUAAUGCUGCUUCAAAGACCUUCGCAUCCUGUACCAGGCAUUUUAGUGUUCCCUGGAGGAAACCUGAAAGGAAAUCAACUUUUAAUAUUGCAGAAGAAAAAACACUGGGAGAAUGGACUUCAUUUAAUAAUGCCUCAGAAUGAGAUGUGUGUGGUUUACUUACCUAGGGUCCACAGACAGUUCAGGACUGAUAAAGGAUGCCGAAUAAAUUCGCUUUUUUGUAUCUUGCGGUCAUGAUCAUUUUGGAUUUUUUUCAUUUUGGGAGGAUGUUUUAAUUAAAAGUCAACAGCAAUGAAAUUGAAAGGAUUUUUUUCAGUUCUUACUCACAAAUUGAUUCUCAUAUGCUCCCAAAGCGCAAUUUAAUUUUUUAAAAUUUGUAUUGGUAAGGUGUUUUAUUCACUUGCUAGUCAUGAUUGUAUUCAUCUUAAGAUAGAAUAUUUCUUUCACUGUUAGGGCUCAGCUUUUGAUGUACUAUGUACAGAACACAUUGCAAAAGACCUUUUAUAAUAUUGAGCUGAAAGGGAUGUGCAGGACAUAUAAGCCAAUAAUUUCACAAUAAUUGGGGGUCAGAUUUAUUUUCCUCUUCCUACUGUAUGCCAAAUUAAAAUGGAUGA